AUGUACACCUCUCCUUACUCCAUAAAGUACGUGUGGCGACUACCUGUCGGUAUCUUACGGUAUUAUAUUGAAUAUAUCCGUGUGACCGCGGGGUAUGGGUCUCCGAUCCGAAAAUGCCAUGUGGUUAGAACAGCUUUCAAUCCAUGGAAUACUCUUGAUAAUGAGGAUUGGUUCCUUUUGCAGCGAUGUAUGGGGAGGGACAUGGGACUUACGAAGCAGGGAGCGCUUGAAGAGGUACUGUGGGAAUGUAUCAAGAGGAUCGGUAACCCGAGAAAACUUCCUGGCGUAUUUUUGCCUCUUAUACCGCCCAGUUUCUUCCUCUAUGCUCUGCCUUGGGUUGAGGAUAGGAGGGCCGAUUCGAUGAAUAUGAUUAGACGAUCAUUGAAAUCGGUCUUUAGCCUCAGUGUUGAGACUAUCAGCCUUGUCUCACUUUAUUUCUCUGUAUUCGCUGCUAUAUGUGCCUUUUGCCUUUUUUGCAUCUUUCCAAAGAGAACGUUCUUCUUCCUCCUCAUCUUUCUGCUGUUGAUUACUGUUCUUAAAAUUGGCCGUGCUACUAUCAUGGAAGGACCACAAGGAUUUCGGCGUGAAAUUGAAUCGAUUCAUGACGAGUUCUCUGAACUAUCUAAAGCGGCAAAGAUAUGGCUCCUUCUAGCAAGUAUUUGGGGUAUAUUCUGCUGGAUGGCAUUUAAGAGUGCAUUCAUGUUCUGGGGGAUUGGGUCGGUGGUGUUGAUAUUUUUCUCCAAAGGGGUGGAUCGUUUUAUAUUAUCCUGUCGUCACGUUGAAGGUUGCCGUUGCUUUGUUAACUUUGAUAGACCUGGAAACGAGUGUUACCAUUCUGCAACAUGUACUUGUUGCGUUGAUCUAAAAAAGAAAAUAGAAGAAAGCGCGGCAGACUUCACAAGGCAGGCUGGGCAACUCGAAACCUCUCGCAAAACAAUUCAAGAACUAAAAGAACAGGUCCACCAAUACCAAACCAACCCCCGAGGAUUUGGACCUCCCCCUCCAUCGCCCCUUCCCCCAUCCCCCGGAUUCACAAUCCCCGGGUACUACACCGUCCGCAAGGAGAAUCAACGCCUGCGCGAAGAAGUCGCGAGACUCGAUCGGCUGCUCCAAGUUCUCCGCCGUCCCACCUCCCAUCCCCUCUCCGACAACACGCGACUUCGCGAAAGCGUCCGCAAGCUCCGCGAACUGCUCGUCAGCAAAAAAGAACAGGAUCGGAACUCCCAAGAAGAGAUCCGCCGCCUGCACAAUGUCCUAGCGGCCGAGCGCACCAAAUAUUUGAAGGCCGUUGCGGUCUUGCAGGUUUCGGUGGCGAGGGCAAGGACGGACAAUGCUCUACUGGAGGGUCAGAUCGCGGUGUUGCGGACCAGGGACCAAGAUAAUGAUGAUAAGCUUAAGUUGGCGAAUGAGAGGAUACAGGAGUUACAACGGCUGACGGAGGAACUUGAUUUUGAUCGGAUUGGGUGA